AUGCCGAUUGUUAUGGGCAAACACGAAUGGGAUCGCAUCCGUGAAUGGACGAAAACAGACCGAGAAGAUCCGGAGAUAGUACGACGGCGUGACUACAUCAAGUACUUGGACACGACCAGUCGUAAAAUGACGAAAAGUUGGCCAAACUCGUUAGAGAAUGUGAACAAACGCAACGAAGAACUGCGUCAAGCCCGCAUUCAAGUCGCAGAGCAAGCCAACACCAAGUUCUACACCAAAUACCUGAGGAAGAAGAAAGAGGAGCAGGAAAGACUCAUGUAUUCCGCUAGAGACGUGGUCUUCAAGAAUAAAGAUGCACCGAAGCAAUUACUUAGUGCAGUAAUAGAGACUGUGAUUCUGAAGGAGCGAGAAGUACAAAUGAAAUUCUUAAAUGAGCGGCGUGAAGAAAUUGCUGCGCAGAAAAAAAAGGACGACGACGAAAUCAUAAGACAGGCCAAGGAGUUUGAGGAACUUCAGGAACUCAGAAAAAGGAGGAGACGAGAAGUGAACUUAAAACAUCAGAAGGAUAUCCUUGACCAGGCCCGCGAAGUUGCAGAACGUAAUCGAAUCGAAUACGAGACGGAACUGAAUCUUCAGAAGAUUGACAACAUUAAGGCCAAUGAGCAGAUGGAGGCUAUCAAAGAAUUUGAAGAGAAAUUUAAAUUAGAGGAGAAAGCUCGCAUCUUUCGAGAUAUAGAUCGUUCCCGAAAAGAGACUUUGGCAAGGAGACGCGAGCAAGAGGCCCGGGACAAGAUGGACGAUCGCCUGAUGGAAGUAUUACUCAAGUCUCGCUGUAGAAUCGAGCAGAGACGUAAGAAAACCGAAGCUGACGUGAAAAACGAGAAGCUUCGUGUGUUGGAGCAAAUCAGCCAACGUUUGGAGUCUGGUGACGCGGCUCGAGAGGCUAAAGAGCAGGCAAUAUUUGAUAAGGCCGUCGCUGAAAAGAAUGCUCAAGACCAGGCGCGUCUUGAUGCUCAGCGGAAGAAAGAAGAGAUGUUCCGUCAACAGAAGGUAGAGAGCCGCCAGCAGUUCCUUAGAGAGCAAGAACAGAAGCUGCACGAGUUCAACACUACGCGCCAGUGGGACAUUAUGAACAGGUUUAAGAACGUUGAAAUAUAUCAGGACUACCAAGAGAAAAUCCGUGAAGAGAAGAAACGUAAGAUAAAAGAGUACAGAGAAGAUAUACUCAGAUUGUGGAAAGAACGCGUGGACCGCGAUACUAAGGAGCGUGACGAGUCGCGCUACUUCUACGGUGAGCUGGCGGAGAAGAAGUUGAGGGACGCCGACAACAGACUGCUCACACACGCCGAGCACCUACUGCAGGAGGCCAGGGAACAUGGCCGCCCGGAGUACGCACUGCAUAAAGCGAUCGAUAAUUACUGCAACCUAUACCGCCUGUACCCGAUGCCGGACCUCCCCAAGUCGCUACAGGAACACAUGCGCGAGUACGCGCCACGCGACGGGUCGCGGCCCGACCCCGACUACCGCGAGCCGCCGCCGCCGCCGCCCGCGCCGCCAGUUUUCCAACCCACUACCUUCACUGCUCAACCUGGGAAGAGGGAUGGGAUGCAGACUGCUACGCCUGCGCCCCCUGCUGCAGAGAAAAAGGAAAAGAAUGAAGAUUACAAGAGAGCUGCGCCGGCUAAUGGUCUCCAGAGGAAGAACAUAGAGGAACCAUUGUCGCUGCCCCCAAUCUCAGUAGUACCGUGCACGACCGAAGCGUGUCGAUGUGAACUAAAACCAAAAACGAAAUGA